AUGUCGUUUGUUAUCAGAAGACAAUUGUCUACUUUGAUCCCUCCAAAGAUCGCUUCAGCCAAGGUAUGUUUUUUUUUUUUGAGAAGAGGUGGUUUUUGAGGAGAAUGGGACGAGUCUGGGCUGAACUGAACAAUUUCGAGAUGUGACGGGGGGGGGGGGGGGGGGGGGCAGGGGCUUGGUAAUUAAGUUUCAAGUGCUCUCGUUGGUUCUACAUUUCAUCUAUAUUGUUUCACGGACCAAGUCCCAAGGGGGGUAUUUGAGGCGUUUGAGAAAUUUCUUCAAAAACGAUAAGGGGGGUCUUGCCAGCACUCAGCACAAAGCAGCAUGUUUUCAGAGCCACUAGUUGAAUAGGCAAGCUCGAUCUGCUCUCGUUAGUUCUACGUUUCAUCUAUAUGGUUUCUUGGACCAAGUCCCAAGGGGGGUAUUUGAGGCGUUUCAGAGAUUUUUUCAAAAACGAUAACGGGGGUCUUGCGAGCACUCAGCACAAAGCAGCAUGUUUUUCAGAGCCUCUAGUUGAAUAGGUCAUAAAGUGAAACCAAGGCAAUUGCAUUUUCCAUUGUGCCAGAUCAGAUCGCCCAUGCUUCCCCAAACCCGAACCAAACUUGUCUCCAUGGUCUCGUUUCCCUCCCUUUUUUUUUUUCCAGUUUCGUCAUAUACUAACAGCUGUGUUUUCUUUUUUUCCUUUUAGAACCUUGGAUCAGCCCCAAAUGCCAAAAGAAUGACCGAAGUUGUUUCGUUCUACAAGAAGUUGCCACAAGGCCCAGCCCCAGCCGCUAAGAAAUCAAGCAACCCCUUGGCCAGAUACAGAGCCGCUUACUUUGACGGCGACAAUGCGUCCGGCAAGCCAUUGCUUCACUUGGCUCUCGUUGUGCUUAUAUUCGGUUACUCCUUGGAGUACCAACACUUGAAGGCUCAUCACUAG